AUGGCGCCACAAGUAACAUGUUUCAAUGAUAUUACACCAGACCGCUUUAACUGGAAAGUGGUGGCUCGGGUCAUUCAACUUUGGAAAGUUCCUAGCAAGAUCGACCAAACUAUUAUUAAUGGUAUUGAUAUGAUCUUAGUUGAUGGGCAGGGAGGAAAAAUUCAUGCGUCUAUAAAAAAGACUCAAAUGAACAAUUUUUAUAAUAUUGUAAAAGAAGGUAAUACUUAUGUCUCCCAGAAUAUUUUGGUAGUUCCGAACGAUGGGAAGUACAGGGCUACUCGCAAUGUUCACAAGAUCAUAUUUAUAAAAACUACUCGGGUAACUAAUUACAAAGUCGAGAAUAUUCCAGGCGUCAAUUAUGACUUUACGAAUUUUCGUGACAUCAUUAAUGACGGGGAUGACACAUGGCUUAGUGAUGUUAUUGGACAUGUUAUAGAAAGAGAUGAAGUGAAAGAUAUUAACAAAAGUGGACACAGCCACCAGAUACUAGAGAUCACUCUUCAAGACUUAUCGUGA